ACUGUGCUAUCCCUGGAUGGAGACAGCUUUGAAGGCUCUGGGAAAUGAGGGCCUUUUUCUCUUCUCCUCCCUGGACACUAACAAUGAUCUGUACCUGAGCCCUGAGGAGUUCAAGCCAAUAGCUGAGAAGUUAACGGGUGUUACUUCUGUCUCUGAAUACGAAGAGGAAGAGACACUGGAUCCCAGUGGGGAGAUGCUGUCUGUUGCUGCUAAAUUCCAGCCCUUGCUCAUGGAAACGAUGACGAAGAGCAAAGACGGUUUUCUAGGAAUUUCUCACGUUGCUCUGUCUGGGCUCCGGAACUGGACUGCCCCAGCAGCCCCGGUGAACAUGAUGUUUGCCAGGCAGUUCAAAGCUUUUCUCCCUCCAAAGAAUAAGUUGGAACUUGGUGAUCCUUGGUGGAUUAUCCCUAGCGAAUUGAACAUCUUCACUGGGUACCUUUCUAACAACCGGUUUUACCCUCCAGCCCCCAAGGGCAAAGAGAUCAUAAUCCACAAACUCUUGAGCAUGUUCCAUCCACGUCCGUUUGUAAAGACCCGCUUUGCACCUCAAGGCGCUGUGGCCUGCAUCCAGGCAAGCAGCGAGUUUUACUAUACCAUAGCAUUCAGGAUUCAUGCUGAGUUCCAAUUGAAUGAGCCUCCAGAUUUCCCUUUCUGGUUCUCCCCUGGCCAGUUCACAGGACACGUCAUCCUCUCUAGAGAUUCUUCCCAUGUUCGAGAGUUCAAGCUCUUUGUCCCAAACAACAGGUCCCUAAACGUUGACAUGGAAUGGCUGUAUGGGGCGAGCGAAAGCAGCAACAUGGAGGUGGACAUUGGUUACCUCCCUCAGAUGGAGUUAGAAUCGAUGGGGCCAUCCAUCCCUUCUGUGAUUCACGAUGAAAAUGGAAAUGUGAUUGACAGCAGAGACCCCACGGGGGAGCCCAUCCAGUUUGUGUUUGAAGAGAUAACCUGGCAGCAGAAAAUCACUUGGGAGGAAGCGGCUCAGAAGCUGGAAGUUGCCAUGUAUCCAUUUAAGAAAGUUUCGUACCUGCCCUUUACACAAGCCUUUGAGAGAGCAAAAGCUGAGAACAAGCUGGUGCACUCCAUCCUGCUGUGGGGCGCGCUGGACGACCAGUCCUGCUGAGGUUCGGGGCGGACUCUCCGGGAGACAGUCCUGGAAAGUUCGCCCAUCCUCACUUUGCUGAAUGAGAGCUUUGUCAGCAGCUGGUCACUAGUGAAGGAGCUAGAGGACUUGCAGACCAAGAGAGACAAUGAAUUCUACAGGAAGCUAGCAGAGCUGCACCUAGAGAAAUACAACUUCCCUGUGGAGAUGAUGAUCUGCCUUCCCAAUGGAACAGUGAUUCACCACAUCAAUGCCAACUACUUCCUGGAUAUUACUUCUAUGAAGCCCGAAGAAGUUGAGAGCAGUGUCUUCAGUUUCUCAACCAAUUUUGAAGAUCCUUCUACUGCGACCUACCUCCAGUUCCUGAAGGAGGGACUGCACAGAGCAAAACCCUUCUUGCAGACUUAAAAAAAAAAAAGGAGCAAGUCUAACUUUGGGAGUUGUUAGAGCUUGGUUUUUGGCUAAGCUGGUUCUUCCUCCUCUGUGGAGUACACAUGGUGUGGAUACUGAAAUGCAGAAGAUUCUAGGAUGGCAGCCUUGAACUGAAUGGUAGGGUUGUAGAUUUUAGAACAGCAUCAUUUAAAAGGUUUUAAUUUCUCUUUUUACAUAACUUCCCCUUGCGAGUUUAGGAAACUUCUAGAGGAGCUAAAACACCUUAAUUUAUAAGCCUUUUGUGCAUGUGUGUCACAGUCUGUAUUACCACCCCUUUCUUUUGCUUAAUCUUUACUCCAGAAGUUAUGCACUCAUGUUGUAACUAUCCUGAGUGAAAACUUCAAACACUUGUUCUCCAGGGCCUGACUUCCUUACCCACCGUCCAUACAACACCACUUGUUCAUGUCACGUGCCACUCUCUAUGAACAAGGGUUGCAGAACUGAGCUGCCCGCGUAUGAUGCUUUCUACAAACGUCUAGCAUUUGGUAAUGGUUCUCCUUGCUUCUGGAGCAGUUCAAAUGAGUUGACUCUGAUCUACAAAUCAUUGUGUAGUCUGGGACCUGGCCUUUUUUUUAGGGUCUCUGUAUUUCCACUUCUCUCAGCAAGGGUAUCGGAUAGCUGCCUAGAUCAGUUUGGUGUGCUGUAAGACCUACCUUUGUCAGGCUCUCACCUGAGAGGGAGAUCAUAGAGUCGACCUGGUGGAACUGGCAGUGGGAAAUUUGUCAUCAAAACAUGUUUUCAGUGUGUUUCAGUGCUCAGCGUUGUCCUGAGAGCCUUCAAACACUGAGACAUCCUAACAUGAUUCCCAGGUAUUAUUCAUCCAGAAGCCUUUGCAUGUUGUGUAUAGCUGUACCUUGCUACCAUCCAUACUUUACAUCUUGCAUGUUUUGUUUCCAAGUCUACUGAACAAGUGAACUCAUCAGCUGCAAAAGAUUUAUUAGAAAGAGAGGGCUGAGUGUCUGUCUCACACGUUAGCUGCUAUAGAAAUGAAGUGUUUUUUCCCUGACAUCUUUGAGAACUGCACACAGGAUUUUUUCCAAGGGUGAAGAAUGAAGGAGAAUUUGCCAUCAAACUGUUGGUGAUCCUCCUUCUCUAACAGUCUUCAAUGGCUGCUCUUAUUCGAUCCUGCAGCCAAGAACUUGUAUAAACAUAAAUUAAUUAAAAAGAUGGAGAUGUCCUUUAGAUAGCAAAAUCCUAUUACAGUCCAUGGAUAUAACUAUUGAUUACUUGUUUUAUCAUCCCCUUGAACACUUACUGUCCUGUCACUGGGUCAGACAGAAUCAGUGGUAAACAAUCAAAGCAGCCAGUUGCCACAGCCAAACAACAGGGCUGGUGAUGCUUUUUUUUUUUUCCUGCUCAGUGAAGCACAAUUUAAUCUGAAAUGCACUCAGUGGACCAAACAAGAUGAACAGCCCCCAAGGCCCCUGUGCUGUUUGGGAUUCUUGUUUUCCUUCCUUCAUGGGAUGCAUACUUCAGAUUAAAAAACCAAUCUGGUAGAGAGGUCUUUGUCCCAGGUCUGCUGUACUGCAGUGAUUCGCAACCAAGGUACCUAGGCACCUUUGAAGGGUGCCACUGAGAUGUGAGGAGAUAAGCAAAUAGGCUCAGGCUUUUCCCGGACUACCCACUCCCCUGGUCCUACUGCCUAGCCCCUCUACAAGAAGGCGUGCCCUGUAAUAAAUCAGUUUUUUAAACGGUGCAGCUCAGUUCACAAAAGUUGUUAAUAGGGGUGCCCUGAGUCUAAGAAGGUUGAGAACCACUGCUGUAGUGUGUUAAAUAACCGUUGGGGUGUUUCUCAGUAUUAGCUUUAUAAAUGUGUUGACCCUGUUCUGCAGGCCUCUGAAAUGGUAGAAGGACGUCACAGGAUCAGGUCUGGCAGGUUUUUGACUUGCAGUUGUGCCAAUUAUCAGUGUUUGUAAACAGUGUUAUUGCCUCAAAGCAAAAUCCGAUCCUGACAAUGCAAAUCACUUUACCUAUUAAUACUGUGAACCAGACAAGCACUUGGUAGCUCUUAUGCUAAAGGGGCUCUAGUUGCUCAAACUGGGAAUUUCAGGGUAUCUAAUUCCCUUAUCCUUUGUUUUGACUCAGCCUUUCGGGUUUUACAGAACUUCGUUGGAAGCAUUUUCAUCGUUUGAUUAUUUUUUCCCCCUCGAUUCAAAUAAGGGUGGGUUUUAGACUUCAGACCAUUCCCUGUGUAAAUAUUACCGUCCCAAGGAAUUAAUUCUACACUUCUGUUUUGGUGCUGCAAACUAGGACAGCGGGAAGUGCAGGGCCAUGUCUGAAUGAGCAGAGAUUGUUUUAAUCUCCAUGUGAAAACGCAUAUAAUGAAAGGAGAGAUGAUCCAGGGCUUUGUCAUCAGUGACUGAUGUUAAAUCCUGAGAGAAGUACCCAUAGUCCGAGUUUUUAAGUCUGCAUUUUGCUGCCUAUCUCACUAGUGCUCAUUUGAAGCAGGGGUAACCAUCAGUCAGUGCGAUCAUAUCAGGGCUGCAUCCCAGCGUGAUGGUAAAUCACUUAAUGCCUGUGUUCUGCCCACUGCUGUGCUACGGUAUCACCGGGCACCUCUGGAAAGUAACUGUAAGUCAUCAGGGAGUGGUGCUGGCAACUCCAGGAUACGCUUAGUGAGCAAAACCUUACAGGUAGGGCAUACAAACUUUUGGGUUGACAAAAGGUAGCCAGUUCCCAAAACAUUCUCCUUCAAAUUAGGACCAAAAAAAAAUAGAUCUGUGAUGACCUGAAUGGCUGUUUUACAUUGCUACAUCUCCCUCUAGUGUCCCCGAAUGCCAGUUUUUUCCACGAAAAUGUGUCACUUCACUACAAGUGUAAGCAUUUCAGGAUGGCUUUAUUUUCAGAAA